UCAACAUCCGGGUCACGACCAUAUCGGUCAGUGGAGCGCCAGAAAAUGCCCAGCAUCAAAACAGCAGCGUUUUUUAACUAAGAUCCACGGCGUUCACUGCGAUCCGACUGUCGGGUGGUUCAUAAUCUGGAGCGAUACUGACUCGAGCGGCGGAGAUCGAAGAAGAGCGAGCGGCUUGAGUCAGGCGCACCUGCUGCCGAGGCGAUGAGCAGCAACAGUCACCCUCUGCGGCCGCUGAGCUCCGUGUCGGAGAUCGAUCACGUGCACCUGCUGUCGGAGCAGCUGGGCUCGCUGGUGUCGGGACAGGAGUACAGCGACGUGACCUUCGUGGUGGAGCAGAAGCGCUUUCCCGCGCACCGCGUCAUUCUGGCGGCGAGAUGCCACUACUUCAGGGCUCUUCUGUACGGCGGAAUGAAGGAGUCGCAGCCGCAGGCCGAGGUGCGUUUGGAGGACACCCGCGCCGAAGCCUUCGGGAUGCUGCUGCAGUAUCUGUACACGGGCCGGGCCAGUCUCAGCUCGGCACGCGAGGAGGUUCUGCUGGACUUCCUGGGCCUCGCCAACCGCUACGGCCUGCAGCUGCUGGAGGACUCCACGUCUGAGUUCCUGCGCACGGUGCUGAACACACAGAACGUCUGCCUGGUGUUCGACGUGGCCACCCUGUACUCCCUGAGCGCCCUCGCCGCCGCCUGCUGCUCCUACAUGGACCGGCACGCUCCGGACGUCCUGCUGUCCGACGGCUUCAUGGCGCUUUCUAAGGCGGCUCUGUUGACGGUCGUUCGGCGCGACUCUUUUGCAGCCAGCGAGCGGGAGAUUUUCCAGGCUUUGGCCCGCUGGUGUCGGCAGAACGGCGACGGGACGGCCACGCAGGAAGUGAUGUCAGCGGUGCGUCUGCCGCUCAUGACGCUGACCGAGAUGCUGAACACGGUGCGUCCGUCGGGUCUGGUUAGUCCCGACGACCUUCUGGACGCCAUCAAGAUGCGCUCGGAAAGCCGAGACAUGGACCUGAACUACCGCGGCAUGCUGAUUCCUGAGGAGAACAUCGCUACGAUGAAGUACGGCGCUCAGGUGGUCAAAGGUGAGCUGAAAUCGGCGUUGCUUGACGGAGACACGCAGAACUACGAUCUGGACCACGGCUUCUCCAGACACCCCAUAGAGGAGGACGGUCGCGCCGGGAUCCAGGUCAAACUCGGCCAGGCGUACAUCAUCAACCACAUCCGCAUCCUCCUGUGGGACCGGGACAGUCGCUCGUACUCGUAUUAUAUCGAGGUGUCUAUGGAUGAGCUGGACUGGGUUCGAGUGGUGGAUCACUCCAAGUUCCUGUGCCGCUCCUGGCAGAACCUCUACUUCUCUCCUCGUGUCUGCAGGUACGUGAGGAUUGUAGGAACACACAACACCGUCAAUAAAGUCUUCCAUCUGGUGGCCUUCGAGUGCAUGUUCACCAACCGUCCUUUCACUCUGGAGAAAGGCAUUGUGGUGCCCAGUGAAAACGUGGCCACCGUCUCGGCGUGUGCGAGCGUGACCGAGGGAGUGAGCCGCAGCAGAAACGCCCUCCUGAACGGAGACACGCGCAACUACGACUGGGACUCGGGCUACACGUGUCAUCAGCUGGGCUCGGGAGCCAUCGUCAUACAGCUGGCACAGCCCUACGUCAUCAGCUCCCUCAGGCUGUUGCUGUGGGACUGUGACGAGCGCUCGUACAGUUACUACAUCGAGGUGUCCACCAACCAGCAGCACUGGACUAAAGUGGUGGACCGGACCAAAGUGUCCUGUCGAUCCUGGCAGACGCUCACGUUUGAGAAGCACGCGGCGUCGUUCGUUCGGAUCGUGGGAACGCACAACACUGCCAAUGAGGUCUUUCACUGCGUGCACUUUGAGUGUCCCUCGCAGCUGGACGGCGAGGUCGCGGAGGGCGGCCCAGGACCCGCUCCGUCCCAUCAGACGAGUCCGUCCCGCGCUCAGCCCUCGUGAUGGUCGUCCGGAGUCCCGCUGACUGCGGCGGAGAGACGAUCGCGCUCCUCGUCAGCAUCACCGCACCUUCACUUACGAAUAAGCUCAUCCGAUUCAUCCGCAUCACCCAGGUUUUAUUGGUUGUUUUUUAUGUUAUUUAUUAGAUCGUUUACUUAUUGUUGUAAAUGUCAGUUGAUCUGAAGUAUCAUAAAACAUAUUUAUUCAAAUAA